AAAUUUUCCCCAAACUUGAAAUACAGGCUUUCUGUUACAGUCUUCUACAUGUUUGGACUUUCUAGGUAUGAUGAGCUAUCCAUAAGGAUUAUACAGCGCCGUAGGAAAAGUAUCUGCCUCUUUUUAGGCCUAUUUGUUGUAGUGACCGUCGUGACACUAUAUGCCUUCGUAGACUCGCUCAUUGGUCAAUCUUCACGCAUCUCAUCUGUCAUUUCACCCCUUCAAAGACAAGACGUUCAGAAUUGUCUAAUGAGUUAUUCCUAUCCAACGUACACAGAAAUAGAACCACCAGACCAUGCGUUGUCCAAAAAGUAUAAAUUGUACCUUUACCGUGAAGGAAAUCUUGAUGCAGUUGAUACGUUAUAUGGUGUUCCUGCCUUAUUCAUACCAGGGCAAGCUGGCAGCUAUAAACAAAUUCGGUCACUUGCCUCAGCAACGACGAACUGUUAUCACAAAGGCCUAUGUUCAGGCCAUAAUAUAGAUUAUUUUACGGUUGAUCUGAACGAAGAGCUAUCUGCACUUGAUGGAGGCGUACUCUUAGACCAAGCUGAGUACAUGAAUGCUGCGAUAAAACGAAUUCUGUCUCUAUACAAUACCGCUCAAAAGCCAACAUCUGUUAUAAUCAUUGCCCACUCAAUGGGUGGCCUUGUUGCGCGUACCAUGUUUAUGUUGCCUAACUACAUUCCUAACAGUAUACAAACUGUCAUCACAUUAGCCACACCGCAUUUAGCUGCACCUGUUUUACUUGAACGUACAAUGUAUCAGCUCUACCAAGAUUUAACCUUUUUCUGGAAGAAAAACCAUGAAAAAUUGAGCAAUGUUGUCAUUAUAUCUAUUGCUGGCGGAUCACUCGACACAAUAGUGCAUUCUGAUGGCGUGAGUAUCAACGAAAUCGUACCAACGACCCAGGGAUUCACUGCUUAUACAACAUCAAUUCCAAAUGUAUGGACGGGUAUUGAUCACAUGGCUAUUUUGUGGUGCAACCAACUGAUUCGAUUGUUGGCUUCUACGGUCGUCAAAAUUGCGGACUUGGGUCAAAUGCCCACAACUGAAGCUCGAAUGGAGAUAUUUCGUCAAAGCCUACUACUAGACAACGACUAUUCAUCUUCUAAUGCCGAUGUCCCUAUCUUCAGAAUAUUUGAUUAUGAAAAACGGCAUAUCCGUUCCCCCAGUGAAACGAGCCUUAAGGUGUUAUUUGACAAUGAUCAACCAUCACUUACCCUUAUUCCAUUCGACGUUAGACAACUGAAAAUUUUGACAAACAUCGAUAAAAAGUAUGAUAGCUGCUGGUUUCUUGCUCAUUGCUCUUCCGAAUUGGAAUGCGCUCCUUUUAUUCCGAACGUUACAUUGCUUCCAUCAAUUAUGGCAGCCAACUUAGAAAAAGCAAUACCUAAUCGGGUAAUGACGAUACGAAACAAUGGUUUGUCCAAAUACCUGGGUAUAGCAAAAAGGUGUUAUGCAAAGUCUUCGGAAGGUCCUGCAUUCAUACAGAGCUAUGCCACUUCUGAACGACCAAUUGUACAUAAUGCAACACUUUGGAGCGUUAUGUCAACUGGACUGUCAUUCAAUGCCUCCUCAUACCAAAACAUACACAAAUUUCCAAACAUCCAAAGUUCCGUGUUCGCAUACAAUGUGCGUAUACAAUCUAUAACUGAUAAUAGGACGGAGAAAGCAUUCUGUAAGCCAAUGAUGCUACAGACAAUUGAUGGGGUAGAGCCAAAAUUCUAUCGACGACUAGAACAGGGUGUAUCUGAUCGUAUUACUUUUCAUCGAGAUACAAGCAGGAACCACACAGGGCUAUCGUUAGAAUUCUUCACUGAUAAUCAAGAAUUGGGCAUUCGAAUUACCAUUGACUGGUAUGGGACACUUGGUCGCGUAAUUCAUCGCUACGGCGCUAUGCUGGCAAAUUUUUGCUGGGUGAAUACGCUAAUUAUUCUUGUAACGCAGUUAUUGUUUUACGCUUCAAAUGGGAAACGAGAAUUUCCUUCGUAUAUUAUUACAGUGAUUCAUUGCAUAAAGGACCCCAUUCUACCAUUUGCCGUACUACUCUCAAUAUCCAAUAUCUGUCAGUACUGCAUUUUAAGAGUUGAGAAGCUGAAAGGAACCUCUAUCACCCGCUUUUUAUCCGAUCAUAUAGUGAUGGAUUCCAGCGAAUGGCAGUUUGCUGUAUUAGUAGUAUUCUUAUACAUUUUGUCCCUUGGAUUAAUUAUAACAGCAUGGGUCAUCAUUUCAGCUAUACUACUAUUAAUGUCAAAAUUCAUGCCUCUGUCAGUUACAACGAGCACCAAACGUCAUCAAUCAACCCGCAAAUAUUUCUGUAUUUAUUCAACAAUUCUUAUUGGUCUCGCCAGUUUUAUACCAACAUCACUCAUUUUCUUGGUUUAUUUAAUCAUUUGGAGUAUAUCAACAAGCCGAGCUAAAAUACGUGCACAGUUUGAUUUCCCAACAGUACAAAAUGUAUACAAUUACAGGUUAUCCUGGCUUAUGUUUCUUACCGCAAACGCACCCUAUUACUUACCCCAGGCGGUUGUUUACUUAAAAAAUCUACUAAUCGGAUGGACCCAAAACAGAUUUGAUAUAUUACUAUUCGUUCAAGAUUUCCCGCUUGUAAUGAUAACACUCUGGCUCUUAACAAUUGGAAAAAAUCCUGACAUUUUAGACAUUAGGUAAGUUGAUGAACAACAUGCUCAAAGACCAACCGACAAGUAAUCACCUUUGUUUAACUGUUUCUCUCAGAUAUUUGAGACCUUCUAUUAACGCAAUCGAAUUAUUAAUACUGUACCAAUUAUUGAAUGGCUUUUUACACCCUUUCCCACUCGCUCACAUUCUCACAUCGUAUCAUAAAUAAACAGCGUCGUAAAAUUU